AUGAAGAACGGUUUCCUCUAUGGUAUGUUAUUGGCUGUUGGUUUUGCUAAUUUGGGUGAUGCUAAGCUUUUGAAAACCGGCUCUAAUAUUCAACCCGGUUUGGGCCAAAGAAAGCAAGUCGUCUUGGGUGAAGGAGGUAAUACUUUGGACAUGGCAAUUGCGAUGCUUGAGACCAAUGACAUGACCACUAAGUAUCCCUACCAUGACAACAAGUCGGGAGAUGCUGCUAACUAUGGUAUUUUCAAGCAAAACUUUUACAUGUUACGUACAUGUUGCACUGAUUUCUUGAAAUUUACUGCUGAAGACUACAAGGAAGGUGACAUUCUAAACACUGAUCUCAAGAAGGAUAUUAGCUGCAGACACCAGUGCGAAGAGAAAUAUGGCUACGAUGUUUGGUUUGCUGGCCAUAGAAACGGUGAGAACGGUGUUCAUGACCCCAAAACGGAUGACAUCCAAGACUAUAAAGAUGCUGUUGCCUGGAUUAAGUCUCAAUUAGAGUCAGAUCCUAAGUAUCUAAGCGAUGACACUAGAUUCUGGGUUGAGGUUGGAGCAAUCUGA